AGAUGGUAAAUGGACGACGACGUCAUGGCGGUAGGAAGAAGAGGGAGAAGUGGAAAGCCGACAAUAUAUAAGCGAGUGAGAAUUAUAUUGAUACGUGAGAAUAUUAUUAUCAUAAUUUAUAUAAACUGUAAUAUUUUUACGAAAGAAGACGUAAAAGUAGAAUGGAACAGAUCGAAAGAACUCAGUCGCCGGAAAUAAAUUUAUCUGUGACUAACUCUUUUCAUCAUUACAUCGUUUCUUUUAUCAAUCUUACAGCAGGAGCUGCAGGUGGAACUGCCAAUGUUUUAGUUGGACAGCCAUUAGAUACAGUUAAAGUCAAAAUGCAGACAUUUCCACAUAUAUAUUCAAACAGUGUGCUAUGUUUCAGGCAAACAUUUGUUAAAGAAGGUGUUCGUGGACUUUAUGCAGGAACGGUGCCUGCUUUAGCUGCUAAUAUAGCAGAGAAUUCUGUACUGUUUUGUGCUUAUGGUGUAUGUCAGAAAGGAGUACAAUAUGGUGUCCAAAAACAUAAAAUAGAAGAUCUAAAUCCUAUUGAAAAUGCAACAGCUGGAGCUCUUGCGGCAUUUUUCUCUUCACUUAGUCUAUGUCCUACUGAAUUGAUUAAGUGUAAGCUUCAAGCAAUGAGAGAAAUGAGUUUAAUCAAAGGUGCAACUGAUCCUCCUAUUAAAAUAGGACCGUGGGAACUGACAAGACAAAUAGUAAAGAAUGAAGGAAUACCUGGACUAUUUAGAGGUCUAACAUCUACAAUAUUUCGUGAAAUGCCAGGGUAUUUCUUUUUCUUUGGAGGAUAUGAAAUAUGUAAAACUCUUAUCACACCCAAGGGAAAAAGUAAAGAAGAAUUAGGACCUUUAGAGAUAUGUUUCUGUGGUGGAAUUGGAGGCAUUGCCCUGUGGGUUUCCAUCUUUCCAGCUGAUGUUGUAAAAUCAAGAAUUCAAAUAGAAGGAUUAAGGGAACCAAUGCUUUCUGUUAUGACAAGAAUUAUCAAAAAUGAAGGAUUCAGAACACUAUAUAAAGGGCUUGGUCCCACCAUACUCCGGACGUUUCCAUCCACAGGAGCACUAUUUGUUUCUUAUGAAUAUACCAAGAAGUUCCUACAUUAUGUUACAGGAACAAAAGAAGAAUGAAAAUGAAGAAACUGCCAUUGCAAAAACAUUUGUCAUGUGCCUUUUUAAACUGGAUAUUUCACAUUCCAUUUUUUAAAGUUUUAUAAAUGGUGAAAAUCAUUUUGCAUAUUUUGAUAGAUGAUGAUAAUAUUGAGAGAACUAGUUUACAUGAAAAUUUUAUUAAUUAGAAAAGAAUGCUG